CUGAGCGGUCGGGUAGAGACUGCUUUCGGCUUUUUUCCUGCUGAUAAGAUCUCCUCUAGAGAGCUGCAACAAUGCCCAAAAGAAAGGCUGCAGGUCAAGGUGAUAUGAGGCAGGAGCCAAAGAGAAGAUCAGCCAGACUGUCUGCUUUGCCUGUGCCCAUUACACCAGAGUUGAAGUCCAAAAGAACAUCAACUCCAAGGAAAAUGAAGACAAAAAAUGAUAUGAUGGAAAAAAACACAGAUGCAAGUGCCAAAGCCAUAGCUGAAACCAAGAAAGAAGUUGUUAAAGAAGAAUACAACAGUGAAACUGCUGAAAAUGGAGAAGCCAACAUUAUAGAGACACCAGCUCCUGAAAAAGAAAUAGAGGAAAUAAAAGAAGAAAAAAUUGAAGAUAUCAAAGGAGGAGAAAAGAAAGAAACAGUGGCAGCAGAAGGAAAAGAAGAUGAAAAAGAUCAGAAAGGAGAUGGAGAAGAUCAAAACAAGGAAGAAGAGAAAGGAGAAGAUGGAAGAGGGAAAGAAUAUGAAAAAGAAGAUGAAGGUGGAAAAGAGGAAGAAGACAAGAAAGACACAGGAGAUGAAAAGGAGGGUGAAGAUGGAAAAGGGAAAGGAGAAGAUGGCAAAGAGGGAGAAGAUGAAAAAGAGAAAGGAGAUGAAAAAGAGAAUGAAAAUGGAAAGGAGAAAGGAGAAGAUGGCAAAGAAUCUGAAGAUGGAAAAGAUAAAGGAGAAGAUGAAAAAAAGGGAGAUGAUAGAAAAGAGAAAGGAGAUGGAAAAGAGGAUGAAGAUGGAAAGGGGGAUGAAGGUUUAAGUGAAUCUCUGUUAACACAAAAUAAGCACCACUACAGGAAACUCAAGCUCAUAAACAUGUACCAGAGCAAGCAUGAUUUUAAGUGGACCAUUGAAUGA